AUGAAAAGUGUAAGGAUGUGUGCUGCAUAUGCACUUGCACUGCUACUUCUGGCUAAUCUUGUCUUGCAGGCAUGCAGCGCACCAAAGGGCAGUUUCCAGCGUCGAAAUUGGACUCCCCAAGCAAUGUUGUACCUCAAAGGCACACAAGGCCGUCGCUUUGUGUCAGUGGACAGAAAUGAGGGAGAUGUGUAUGACUCUUUGCAUUUAGAAACAAGAAGUGAAAACACUGAGAACCUGAGUGUUUCAAAGGCUGCAACAGUAUUACUAAAGUUCCUCCAACAAGCCAAAGAUGAAGAAGAAGAUAAUGGCUUGUUCUUCCAAGAUGCACCAAUCUGGAAAAGAGACUACUUCUGAGAUAUUCCAUGUGUAAUAUUCCUGUACAGUUUUAAUUUUAUUUUAUUUGGACUUGUUAUCUGAGCUCUCAUAUUAAAUGCUAUGUAAAAAUCAAAUCUAUCAAACACAACAGAUUUGGAAUGG